ACAUGCUCCCACCCCUUGGCUAAAGAAAAUAAUGCCGACUCCACUCAGUUUUCUUUAGCUGUGUAGUUAUCAUCUGGGAAAACCUUCCCCUUUAGACUACAGAGGUUAAAGGAAUAUUUGGAAUACCAAAGUAUUUUUUGCAGUGAUCUCUUUUUGUUAUCUCAAUUCUCCUCUGCCUCUAAAAAAAUUAAUCAGAAUUUGAAUCCAUCUGAUCUCAGGAUUGGAAAGCUCUUCUCUAAGCAGAUCAAAGAUGUUCAUUAAAGUUCAAUUCUUCAUCAUCGUCCUAGGGAGCGUGCCUUUCCUAGCACUUGCUGAAGAAGCAAGCUCAGUUCUAGAAGGAGAAGAAAGUGCAACAAUUGAUUUCAGAGAGAGAAAUGACACAGAAUAUGAAGAAUUACCAACCCUGUUGCCCACAAGACUACACAAUGUAACAAAUCUCUUGCAGUUUGGACAACUGAUGACCACAGAAAGUGCAUUUGCCACAGCUGAAGAGAGUGUUAAUUCUACUGGUUAUGAAGUUAACACAGAAGAUGUUGAUGGUGAACCGAGUGGGGAACCAGAGAAAACUGAAAAAGGUGGCCUGGAAACAAUUGCACUGGUUGGAAUAAUUAUUGGAAUCAUAGUUGCAGUUGGAAUCCUUGCAGGAAUAAUCAUCGCUGUUGUAAGGAAGAUGUCAGGCAGGUACUCGCCCUGAAAACAGCUGAAACAAGCAACCAUGCCAUUCUACACCAGAAAAAUACAAGUGCUUCUUAUUUCAUAAGAACUAAAGACUAUUCCUGUUUUGGUGUGAGAAGAUGAUCCAUGGAAAACAUGGUCAAAGAAUUCCAGAUCUAUGGGGAUCACACACAACUAAGGACUUCUUCCCCCACUACAGAGUAUAAACAUUUCAUAGGAUUUUUACUAACCAGGAGUUUACUGGAAGAAAGGAAAAGCUAAUGCAGUAAGAAAAAACCCAGCACCAAUGAGAUUUACAACUGAAAUGUGAUUUGCAGGUAAUAUAUGCUAGCUUGAUUUUUAAAUGAUAUAAAAAAUUAUUUCACAUUACAUUUUAUGCAUUUCUUUAAAAACAUACCUGGAAUCUUAUAAGUGUUUUUGACUGAUUAAGUGCUUGUGGCAUGUUUAUCUACCAAAUGACGUAUCAAAAAGGAGGAAUUAGCUUCAGAGAGAACCAGUUAUUUACAAAUUUAGAAAAUACUAGAUAUUGGAAGCUAAAAACCUUUCCACUAUUGAUACAGAUUUUUCUGCUUUUGAGACUUAUUGGCAAAAUAUGGUAGGCCCAGCUGGAACUGACCUACCAACUGAAAGCUUGCUAAUCUGACUGUUGCACCAGGAAUUUCCUGUCUUCUGUUGUUACAGAGACAUACAGGGAUUGAAAUACACAUCCUGAAUGAAAGGGUGCUUGGAAAAUACCCAAUUUUGAUGGGUCACUUUAACCAGUUACUAAGCAUGCUUUAGAGCUGACAUGUAGAAGCUUUUGAAUUAAUAGAAGCCUUUCAAUUAGCGUAUGCAUUUUUUUUCAUCUGCCUCAUUUUCUAACUGUACAGUUGGCUUGUUUGAUAACGUGUGCAACACUAGAUCAGAAUAUGUUAACCAAGUAUAAUGCAUCUUUGGAGUCUACAGCUUUUCUGUGGCGUAUUUAAUGCCACAGUACCCAAAUGCAGAAUUCAGACCAAAGGUUUUUUAUGUCAAGUGGCUGCAAUGCAUCAUGUUUUCUAAACUUUAAGGCACUUAAAUGUUUGGUGUAAAAAUUGUGAUAAUCCAUAUGGUCAAUAAUUGCUAAAGAUGUCAAUUUAUCUAUAUUUGCUUUUCUGUUUCAUGUGCCAUGAACUAUCACAUCAAUCCAAGCUUUGGAAAUAAAAGUUGUAAUGUAAAUUGUCUUAUUUUACAAUAAUUGUUCUUUAUUUUCUUAAAAAAGUUAAUGUUUUAAACUUCCCUUAGUCUUCCUAAAUUAUUUUGCUACUUGUCUUGUCAGUGCAGUGUCAACCAACUCAUUUGACACUGAUAAAUGAAACUAUCAUAAAAACUAAACAUGGGAGAAAAAAUAAUUCACAGGUUUUUUUAGUGUCAUUCUUAAGCUCAUAUAAUGGGACACUCAGCCUGUGAUUACCAAGUAGUAAAUUUUAUCUUCGGACUGGUCUGUGCUGAGACCUACAGACUAGAUCCAAAGGCUGUGAUUUCUAGAUUCUGGUGACUUUAUUGCAUCUAUAAAGUUUUUGAAGUCUGAAUUUAGACUUCUUGUCAAUCUCUGAAUUAAAGCAUAUUUGGAUACAAAGUCUUAGUUUGUAGCUUGCUGUCAGUAAACAUAGGUGUCUCCAAAUUACUGAGCUUUUAUUCCUAGUAAUACUUUACCUGGAACAGUCAUUCUCUUCCUUACCAAAGGAAGAUUCUAAACUACAGUUUUCCUGCAGGAACAACUUUCCCCUUGAAUAACUAUUCCCAUCACAUUACAAGCAGUAUCCACAGGUAGGAAGUUUAUAAUGAAAUCGAGUUUUGAGACUCUGCUCUGAUAAAACACUAUCAAGUUCAUUACAUGUAAAUUGAAAUUAUUCAGUAUGUAUGCACCCACACAAAGAUGCAACUAACAUUAAGGAAUUUCCCACGUGUUUGGAUUUAAGUACUAAUCCCCAUGCAGUGCAACUUCAGAUGCAGAGCACAUGCAUCCCAGAAGUUGUCCACAGUAAUGCAAUACCGUGCAAUAAUACAUUCAUGUGUCACCUCCAGCAUAAUCUCACCUGGUUUAUUUCUGCUUACACUUAAAAGCUGCAUAAAACUAAAAAAAGGGAAAAAUUAAUGAUACCACUGUACAAAGUCAUGUUAUAUAAAAAAAACCCUAUAACAAGUCUAAGCUUAGUGUAUAACUCAGUUCUUCACUAAUGCUAAGUUGGUAUUGGGCAUUGUACUUUAAAGUACAAAAUCCAACACCCACAAGUGAGCUUGAAGUAGGCUGCAAAGUUUUCACUACCUUUAAGCCAUGGGACCUUGAUUUAACAUUUUUUUUCAAGGCAUCUAAGUAAACACUUAAGCAUCAGUAAUUUUUUUUUUUACCUAUGACUCAGUGCAUUCUGCAGCAUUACUCAUGUAACUCAGUUAUGCAGUUAGGGUAAACUUUCAUUUCUGAAAGUUCUGGUAUAUUAAAUCAGCUAUCUUUAAAGAAAACAAGUCUGCAGUCUCUUACAGAUGAGUAUACGAGGUCCCAUCCCUGAAAUACAAUUCACACACACCUUAACACAUUUUCCAUUUCCUGUGACAGUUGAAACAUUUAUCUUGGCUAGGAAGACUAACUUUUCACACUCACACUAAUGUCCUUUGCGCCUGUACUUUUAGGUUACAGUACUUCAAGGGGACCAGAUUACUUCAAGUAUUGUUUCCAAGUGUCCAUACAUACCACUGGUUUUUAAAAGAUAAUUAUAACAAAGUUUUAUGCAUGACUGUUCUAUUUGCAUGUGUGACUUGUAUGAAUUAGCUAAAAAUGCAUGUAAACUCUUAUGAAAGCAGAAAUAUCACAGCUUUUUCUUAUUGUGGCAGUGUAAAAGAACAGUAUUUUCUGUUACUCCAGAGUUAACAAAUUCUUGUCUGCACUGGAAACUACUCCAUAAAACGUUCUGACAAAAUGCAUGCCAUAUGGAAUUAUGAAUUAUUCAACCAUUGUAGGGAAUAGCACAGAUGUCACCAGUUUCUUCUGCACCAGCUCAGUUGCUGCUAACUUGCAAAUACCACAAAAGAAAGCCAUUCUUGGGCCAAUUUUGAAUAUUGGUUAAGCCAGGAGUAACAAGACCCCAUGUGAAAGUGCACAGCAUUACAGCAGACAACC